GGGGGGGGGGGGGGGGAAGCAAACGGAGAUGUGCAUGACAGCCUUGUGAUUGUGACACCGUUCCUCUUUCUCUCCGUCACCGUCCCUCAAACCCCAUACGGCGCCGUUUCCUCUUUCCUCUGUCGUUUCUUUCCCUUCUCCCCUCUCUCUGUACCUCUCGAUGCGUUUCUUUAUCUGAUUCCGCGUUGUCGUUUUCUCUCUGCUUUGCCUUCGCUUCGAGUCAACGCUCCUUUUAAUUGCCGUUUCGUCGAUUCAUACACUCAAAGCACCCUCUUCACGCGGUUUUCUCUCAGGUUUUAAUCGGUGUCGUUUCAUGAAUAAUUGAGUCACGUGCGGGAAUUAGUUUUGGUUAUGGAUGCUCCAUUGCCAUUGGAUAAAUUAGCUUUAAAUUUGAUUAGUAACGAACCUUCCCCUAAAAACACAAGAAGCAAGGUAUAUGUGAUUCUGGUUGCAACUGGAAGCUUUAAUCCACCUACUUUCAUGCAUUUGCGCAUGUUUGAGCUUGCAAGAGAUGUGUUGAAUUCAGAAGGAUACUGCGUAAUUGGAGGCUACAUGUCACCUGUAAAUGAUGCAUACAAGAAAAAGGGCCUAAUGUGUGCUGAGCAUCGACUACAAUUAUGUCAUUUAGCUUGCAAAAGUUCAGAUUUUAUAAUGGUUGAUCCAUGGGAGGCAAAUCAGAUCACAUAUCAACGCACUUUAACUAUUCUCUCCAGAGUUCACAAUUCUAUUAGUGAGACUGGGUUGGUAUCUAAAGAAUCCCUGAAAGUCAUGCUUCUCUGUGGUUCUGAUCUCUUUCAUUCUUUUGGCAUUCCUGGAUUCUGGAUUCGUGACCAGGUUAUGACUAUAUGCAAGGAUUAUGGAGUAGUCUGCAUUCGCAGAGAAGGACAAGAUGUUGAGAAGACUAUAUCUAAAGAUGAAAUUUUGAAUGAAAAUCAGGAUAAUAUCAAAGUUGUGGAUGAACUUGUACCAAAUCAAAUUAGCUCAACGAGAGUAAGGGAUUGCAUUGCAAGAGGGUUAUCAAUAAAGUACCUUACUGCGGAUGAAGUGAUUGACUAUAUCAGACAACAAAAAUUAUACUUGAACUUAGACGAUAAAUGAUUACUAUUGUUGUUCAUGACAUUCUGUAUGAUUCAGUUUGGGUCUCUGCAAUCCCCAUAAAUUAUUAACUGAGCCUAUUUUCAAUAAACAAUUGAAUAUUGAGUUGUAGAUUUGCAGAUAAGUAAACAUUGAAAAAUCAAUAAAGCUAAUAUCAAAUAUUUUUUUGAGUAUU